AUGCACCAGAACGCGAAUCCCGGCCUGCCCGUCACGCCUCGUACUGUCGCUCCCAACCCGAACAACGACAGGAUGCCCGACGCUGGCUGCUACGAUUCCUACUUCCCGCCGGUGGAGGAAUGCUGGUCCGCGAAGAAUCUCAGCUUUGAACCUCCUGCAUCCCCGGCGCCCCUGCUCCCGACACCAGUAUCCCCAGCUUUCCCUCUCCCCGAUCCACGACUCUCCGACGGCGGCCAUCUCCUCCUCCAAGACGAGCCCUCUUCUGCUGCAAUCAUUGCAACAUGCUCAUGUCCUACCCCGGAUACUUGUGUCAUCGAGGCACUCGCCCUCCUCUUCGGCUCCGUGCAGCUCCUCGCCGCGACGAUGAAAUACCACCGGGGCCAUUCUUUCCGGAUAGAAACCUGCAUCUCGGAGCUAGACAACGCUUCCCGCACUUCCGACAUACCCCAAGAAGUCGCGAUGCUGGAACCUACCUUUCGGGGACUCCUCGCGCCUCUCGUGGACGGUAGCGAUUUCGACGUCGCCGAGAUCCUCCUCCAACACUGGCGAUCUCCCCCACCGCCACCAGCAGGAAGCGGCGGCGGCAGCGCUCUCGCAGACAAUACGGAUCUCUGCGGCAGACUACGAGAAUUACUGGAUACCAUGUGCAUCGACGUCGUGGAUACCUUUGCGCCCAUGCAGCAUGAUGUCGACACCCUCCUCGCACUGCAUCAAUACACCGAUCCCGUGCUGCAGUCGGAAUUCGAAGCUUUGGAGAUGAUCCACGUGAGAACCGCCCAUUUAUUAUUAUUAUUAUCAUUCUUCACCCCCCCCCCCCCCCCAUCUUUUUUUAUUUCUAUUAAUUAAUAUACACAUCUCUCGAAUGAUGCGACCAACACUGACAUGGAAUCACGCACCCCCCAGUCAUCCUCCAUCAUCACGUCACCCCGCACACGACUCCUCCUCGAAGCCAACGCGCAGCUCUCCGUCUUCUCCACCGACGCUUCCACCUCGCAAGUCUUUGAGGUCCAGCGGAGUUUCCGCCGCAAAGUGGAGGAUUUGGUCCAGAAGAUGGAAUUCUGGGAGCUCUUCUGA